UCGGAGAAAAAAAUAAAUGGAGGCCUUCAAUCUUCCUCCUUUACUUCUCUCUUUCUUUCUUUGUGCUAUUUUGCAAACACCCACCAUGGCAGCCAAGAAGUCUUAUAUUGUUUACUUGGGAUCACAUUCACAUGGAUUGAAUCCUUCCGCUCAUGAUCUCCAACUUGCAACACAAACCCACUAUAAUCUACUUGGAUCGGUGUUAGGAAGCAAUGAAGCAGCUAAGGAAUCAAUCUUUUACUCAUAUAAUAAAAAUAUCAAUGGCUUUGCAGCUGUUCUUGAGCAGAAAGUUGCAGAAGAUAUAGCAAAGCAUCCUGAUGUGAUAUCAGUAUAUGAAAACAAAGGACUAAAACUGCACACAACACGAUCAUGGAACUUUCUUGGAGUUGAGAAUGAUAGUGGAAUUCCUUCAAGCUCACUUUGGAAUCUUUCAAGAUUCGGUGAAUCUACGAUCAUUGGCAACAUUGAUACAGGUGUUUGGCCAGAAUCAAAGAGCUUUAGUGAUGAAGGAUAUGGACCUAUCCCAACGAGAUGGAAGGGAAGCUGUGAAGGUGGCUCCAACUUUCGUUGCAACAGGAAACUGAUUGGAGCACGAUAUUUCAACAAAGGAUAUAUAUCAAGCGUGGAGCCUAGACCUCUCAACUCAAGCUAUGAAACAGCAAGGGACUAUGAUGGGCAUGGAACACACACCUUAUCCACAGCCGGAGGCAAUUUCGUUCCAGGAGUAAGUAUUUUUGGGAAUGGUUAUGGCACUGCAAAAGGGGGUUCCCCUAAUGCCCUUGUUGCUGCUUAUAAAGUAUGUUGGCCUCCAACGUUGGAUGGUGAGUGUUUUAUUGCCGAUGUUCUAGCGGGCUUUGAAGCUGUCAUUAGUGAUGGAGUUGACGUUCUAUCGGUUUCACUCGGUGAAGAUGCUUUUGAAUUUUCUGAAGAUCUAAUGGCUAUAGGGUCCUUCCAUGCAGUGAAGAAUGGCAUCACUGUUGUUUGUUCUGCUGGAAAUUCAGGACUAUUUGAAGGCAGUGUCUCAAAUGUCGCACCAUGGAUCAUAACUGUGGGAGCUAGUACAAUUGACAGGCUUUUUACCACUUACGUGGCGUUAGGAGACAAGAGGCAUUUCAAGGGGGAAAGCCUUUCUAGUAAAAUAUUUCCAUCUAAGAAGUUCUAUCCGUUGAUCCGUGCUUUGGAUGCAACAUCAGACAAUGUCUCUAGUAACGACUCCGCACUAUGUCUAAAAGGGACUCUUGAUCCUAAAAAGGUAAAAGGAAAAAUUGUAGUUUACCUUAAUUCGUACGAUUCAGAAGUGGACAAAGGUUACGAGGCUGCUCAAGCAGGUGCUGUUGGGAUGAUUCUUGUUAAUGACGAAGAAAGUAGAGAUGACCUUUGGACGGCUGAACACUUACUUCCAGCUUCACAUGUAAGCUAUAUUGAUGGUGAAUCAAUCAACCAUUACAUCCAAUCUACUAUAACUCCAAUGGCUUACAUAACUCGUGUGAAGACUGAGUUGGGAAUCAAACCAGCACCAAUUAUGGCUUCAUUCUCAUCAAGAGGUCCCAACCGAGUUGAGCCCUCAAUACUCAAGCCUGAUAUAACAGCACCAGGUGUGAAUAUACUCGCGGCUUUCUCUGACGAAGCAUCACCAACUCAUUCACCUUUUGAUAAACGUCGGGUUCUAUAUAAUGUAUUAUCCGGCACUUCCAUGUCAUGCCCCCACAUUUCUGGUAUCGUUGGCCUUCUAAAAACUCUUUAUCCAAAAUGGAGUCCAGCAGCUAUAAGAUCUGCAAUCAUGACCACAGCUGGAACCGAAGCUAAUGACUUAAAUCCAAUACAAAACUCAGAAAAAGAGAAAGCAAACCCAUUGGCAUAUGGUGCCGGCCAUAUCCAACCAAACAAAGCAGCAAAUCCUGGCCUUAUUUACGACCUCUCCACCCAAGACUACUUGAACUUUCUAUGUGCCCGUGGCUACAAUAAAACACAAAUGAAGCUAUUCAUUAAUGAUACUUCAUUUGUUUGUUCAAAGUCAUUCACAAUAACAGAUUUGAACUACCCAUCAAUCUCAAUGAAUAAUCUGAAAUCAGAGGCAGUAGAGAUCAAAAGAAGAGUAAAAAAUGUGGGAAGUCCAAGCACGUAUGUUGCUCAAGUCGAGGCACCACCAGGAGUUUCUAUUUCGGUAGACCCAAGUACUUUGAAGUUCACUAAAACUGGUGAAGAGAAGGAUUUCAAAGUUGUGUUGAGGAGGGUGCCAAAUAAUCAAACUGAAGGGUAUAUGUUUGGAAAACUUGUAUGGUCUAACGGGAACCAUCGUGUUAGUAGUCCAAUUUUUGUGACGUUAGAGAGGCAAUGAAAGAAGCACAUGAGUUUGAUUGGGUUUGGCUUGUUUUAGCUCAAUAAUUAAAAUUCUAUUUUCGUGUUCA